AUGAAGGAAAUAGGUGAGAAAAAGGAAACUGACAAGCAGACCGAAUUGGUCGAAAAGAGCAAAAUUGUCGAAAGCAAAAAAAAAAUUCACUGUUCCAUCCCGAAAUUUAUCCUUAAGAACGAACUGUUACAAAAAGCUAUAAAAAAAUGCUUACCCGAAAACUACAAUUUUGAAAUUUACAAAUGUAUUGACAUUAUUUUAAGGGAACAGUAUAAAAAUAUUGUGUUGCAAAUGCCAGAAGGACUACUAAUAUGGGGACUAUACAUUUCUGAUAUUUUGUAUUUUUUUUGUAAUUCUGUGGAAGAAGUUAUUAUACUUGGAGAUGUUACCUAUGGUGGAUGUUGUAUUGAUGAUUUUACAAGUGAGAAAUUGAACUGUGAUUUAAUUAUUCAUUAUGGACAUUCUUGUUUAGUUCCAUUGACGGUUACAAGAAUUCGAUGCAUAUAUGUUUUUGUGGAUAUAAAAUUAAAUUCCUCACAUUUAGUUGAAACUAUUAAAAAAAAUUUUUCUCCAAAGGACAUUGUGUUAAUCCUUGGUACAAUACAAUUUUCUUGCCUUGUUCAUAGUGUUCAUAAUAUAUUAAAGAGUGAAAAUUAUUUUGAUAUUUUCUUACCUAUUCCUCAAGUUCUCCCCUUAACUAAGGGAGAGGUACUAGGAUGUACAUCGCCUAACUUAUAUCGAUUUAUUUAUGAACAUAUAAUACAAAAGUAUGUGGAAGUAAAUCAAAGUAUUCAUUUCGCACAGAAAGAAAUGAAUGAAGAAGGAAAUUGCCAAGAUGGAAAAAGUUUUCCCAAAAGUAUGUCGAAAGAACACAACGAGACAUUCAUAAUAAACGAAUGCAAAAAUUUUUUGAGAAAAAAUAACGUCAAAAUUGUGUUCAUAGCAGAUGGUAGAUUUCAUUUGGAAAGUCUCAUGAUACAUAACCCAGAUUUUACAUUCUAUCGAUAUAAUCCAUUUAAUAAAAUAAUAUCACAAGAAAAAUACAAUUACAGGCUUUUCUAUGAAAUACGGAAAAAUGAAAUAAAAAAAUGUACAAAUUGUAAAAGUGUGUGCAUUAUUUUAAGUACUUUAGGAAGACAAGGAAAUAUAAAUAUUUUAAAAAACAUUUUAAAUAUAAUAAAACAAAAAAAUAUUUCCUUUUUUAUUCUUUUAUUACCUGAAAUAUUUAAUGAAAAAUUAUCCUUAUUUAAAAAUGUUGAUGUAUUUAUACAAAUUGGAUGUCCAAGAUUAUCAAUUGAUUGGGGUAAUUACAAUGAUAAACCAUUAUUAAAUACAUAUGAAGCUUAUGUAUUUUUGAAAUCACUUAAAUAUAGGGAUAUCUAUCCCAUGGAUUACUAUGCCAGUAUGGGCAAUGUCUGGACGAACUAUAAUGCUGGUAUUGGUCAAAUGACAGAAAAAAAUUUAUCCACCAGGGAGCUUAUUAAGAGGCGUAUUCAAAUGCGUAAGAGCAAGAUCGCCAUCCGUUACCAAUAG